CUACACUUGAUCCAUGACUACCUGGUAGGAAAGAGCGCUUGGCUCCCACGUUUCGACGACAACGACAGUUCAAUCGCCAUCGCCCAAAAUCUUGAACUAAAUCGACCAGACAAAGAACCUCAGCAUCUGGGAAGAUCAACAACGAAGAAGCAAUUGGAUUAUACAUCACCACCGCCCACAAUGGCCCAAAAAGCAACAAAAGCCCUCGCCCAAUCCAACACAAAACGCCUCAACCAAACCCUCCUCAUAACCCUCACCCUCCACACGCUCUUCUUCCUCCUCCGCAUCCUCAUCCGCACCCCAUCCUCCUACCGCAAAACCCUACUCCUCUACGUCUUCUUCAGCGGCCCGCAACUCCUCAUAAAUUUCCUCUUCGAGCGCCAAUCCCGCCCCACCUACCUUGCUGAUGGUUCUAUAAAGCGCUCCGGAGAAGACCUCGAUGCCAAGGGAUUGACCGAGUAUCUGUGGGAUGUCACGUACUGGACAUACGGGUGUUUGGUGGUGGUGAGUUUGUUUGGGGAUUGGGGGUGGUGGUUUUGGGCCGUUGUCCCCGUGUAUAGUGUGUACGCUGCCUGGGGCGCGUAUAAAGGGGUUAGGGGUGGGUUUACCGAUGCCGCGGGUGUGCCGCAGCCUGGCGCUGCCAGUGGGAGUAAGAGGCAGGCGAAGAUGGAGAAGAGGGGUGGGCAAAAGGUUACGUAUCGGUGA